AAUGUCGAAGCGACAAAGCUCACUGAUGUCUUUCUUCACCAAAACUCCGAAAUCUGAGAAGCCGGAGGAAGAAGUUAAAGAAAAAAGUGUUGAGGAGCCGAAAUCACUGAAAAAUGAUACUCCGAAGAUAUCAAAUGAUUCCGAAAAGAAGGUCUUGAAACGAUCCAACUCAAAAACCGUCAGCUCACCGGUAAAAACUCCAAGAAACGCGUCAAAACGUCCAAAAGUCGUCGUUUGUUCCUCUUCUGAAGGUGAAGAUGACGAUGGAGAUGAGGAUUUUGAGAUGAAAGAAGCCGAAGAACACGAAUCAUCGGAUGAAUCGGAAGCUGAUGAGAAUGCGAGUGACUGUGAAGUUGUUGAAUCGCCAGAGAGCACACCGCAGAGCACACCGAAACGAGGAGGAAAGAAGAAGAUUUCGAAACCUCUCCUCGCUGAAAACACCCCAAAAAGCGUAAAAAUGGCUGGAAAAUCGAAAAAAGUGAUUCCCGACGGAGAAGCCGUGUCGAUGGCCGGAGUUUUGGACAAAAUGGAUAAAAUUAUGGACGGAGAGGGUGAACGCAAGCGAAUCGUCGAGAAAACCACCGGAGCCAAGAACAAGGCAGUGGAGCUGGAGCCCGCUGAAAGAUUUGAUCAUGAAUCUUUUGAUUUUCUGAAGCCGGAUAAAAUUCGUGAUGGUUUCAAGCGUCCGAUGUCUGAUCCAGAAUAUGAUCCAAAAACUCUCUGGGUUCCUCCAGAUUUUCAUCAAAAACAGACACCAGGUCAUCGACAAUGGUGGACUAUGAAAUCACAGCAUUUCGAUACAAUUCUCCUUUUUAAAGUUGGAAAAUUCUAUGAAACAUAUCAUAUGGAUGCAGUGGAAGUUGUUCGUGCACUUAAUAUUGCUUUUAUGCGUGGAUCAUAUGCUCAUGCUGGCUUCCCGGAGCACGCAGCCUCAAAAUUCGCUGAUCAACUAAUGAAUCACGGCUAUAAAGUGGCUCGGAUCGAGCAGACUGAGACACCUCAAAUGUUGGAGGAGAGAAAUCAGAAAACGAAAACAAAGGAAAAAGUUGUGAGGAGAGAAGUGUGUAGGGUUACAUCGAAUGGAACACGAACUUAUGGAGUUUUGGAUGGUGUUGAUUUGGGAAGUGCUUCGUCGACGUUGGAUCCGACUGCUAAGCAUUUGUUGGCGAUUAAGGAAUUCCAUAACCCAGAAACAGGAAAAUCCUCCUACGGAGUGUGCAUGAUUGACACAACGACUGCACACAUUCGUAUCGGACAAUUUGAAGAUGAUGACUAUCGUUCACAACUGCGUACACUUCUCGCGAAUGUGAUUGUUGUUCAGGCGAUCGUUGAGCGUGGAUCCAUCUCUUCAACCACUAAAUCAAUUAUUAAUGGAAUUCUUUUCUCGGUUCCCGUUGAGCAUUUACUCCCGAAAAAGCAAUUUAUGACAGCCGAAGAUGUUGUGAGAAUUGUUUCAAAUGAAGAUUAUUAUGGAUCUGAUGCUUCUGAAUGGCCGGAAGUUCUGAAGGGAAUGCUGGAGGAUUCCAGUAUUCUUCCAAAACCUUCAACCGACUGGCAACUGGCUCUUUCAGCAUUUGGAGCAAUUUUCUGGUAUCUUCGUGACAGCCUAAUCGAUGUGGAUAUGUUAUCAAUGAGGAAUGUGACUAUUUAUAAUUCGAAUUCUAUGGAAAAUGAUCAGAAAAAGGAAAAGAUUGACUGGAACGGAAAGAAUCUGAUUCUCGACGGAACUGCACUGGAAAAUCUGAAUAUUGUACCAAAUGGCAGAGAUUCUCAUCUCACUUCCCUCUACUAUGUCAUUAACAAAUGCUCCACACCAUUUGGCCGUCGACUUCUCCGUUCGUGGCUUCUUCAACCGACUUGUGAUCCGAAAAAGCUCGAGCAACGACAGAAAGCCAUUAAGUGGCUCGUUUCACCGGAUGCCUCGUCAUUUAUGACGACUGCGACGGCUACGUUGAAAAAGAUUCCAGAUUUGGAUAGACUUUUGCAAAAAAUCCACACAAUUGGCCUCAAAUACCGUUCCGAAAAGCAUCCGGACAGUCGUGCAAUCUUCUUCGAUACAAUCAAAACAAAUCAGAAAAAAAUCGCCGAACUUUUGGCCGCAAUUGAUGGAUUCAAACUGUGUAAUAAACUGAGAAAAGAGUAUAUAAAAGUACAAAAAGAGGGUGAAGGAUGUGAAUUACUUGAUGAAUUACUUGGAAAUGAGCAAGAAAUGGAAGAAGUCGAUGAGAAUAUCUACUUUUUCGAGAAAAUGUUCGAUCGAAGCACGGCUAUGAAAGAUGGGAAAAUUGUGCCGAAUGCGGGAUGUGAUGAGGAAUAUGAUGAAGCUUUGAAUCGAGUGAAGGAAGCAUUGAAUGAAUUGAAUGAUUAUAAGGAUUCUGUUGCCAAGAAAUAUAGUUGCUCGAUCAAAUUCGUGGAUUCAGGAAAAGUAAAGUACCUACUGGAAAUGCCUGAAAACACGAAAGUCUCAUCGUCAUUCGAGCUGAAAUCUCGUCGAAAGGGCUUCAUCCGAUACUCUACACCGGAUUCUGAGCAACUGGUCGCCGCUCUUGAUGCAGUUGAAAAGGAAAAAUCAAAAUUGGGUGAUGAUGCGACUCGUCGUGUAUUCGAACAAUUUGGACACAAAAAUCCAAUUUGGUUGGAGACUGUGAAGCUUGUCUCGAGCUUUGAUGUGCUCACCUCAUUGGCUUUGUUCGCAAAAUCUUCUCCAUUCGAGAUGUGUAUGCCGGAAUUCGAUUUCAACGCCACGGAUCCUUAUCUGAUCGUUGACAAGGGUGUACAUCCAUGUUUGGCGUUACAAUCAAGAAAUGAAGUUACCCAGACAACAUCGUUCAUUGCGAAUAGUACCACAAUGGGAGCAUCUGAAGCUGCUGUGAUGCUUCUGACUGGUCCGAAUAUGGGUGGAAAAUCUACGUUGAUGAGGCAAACCGCUGUUCUGGCGAUUCUCGCUCAUAUUGGUUCAAUGGUUCCUGCCUUCUCGAUGCGGCUCACUCCAAUCGAUCGAAUUUUCACUCGUAUUGGAGCCAACGAUAGGAUUAUGUGCGGAGAAUCAACAUUCUUCAUUGAGCUAAAAGAAACUGAUAUUAUGCUCAAAAAUGCGACAAAGCAUUCUCUCUUGCUCGUCGACGAGCUCGGUCGUGGCACAAGUACAUUCGAUGGAACUGCCAUUGCUUCUGCUGUUUUACAAAAGAUUUCUGAUGAUUUGGCGUGUCGAACAUUCUUUUCUACACAUUAUCACUCGAUUUGUGACUCAUUUACUAAUCAUCCGAAUGUCAGAUUGGCCCAUAUGAAAUGUGUCGUGGAUAAGGAGAACAAUGAGGAUCCAACAAUGGAAGAUGUCACUUUCUUAUACGAACUCGAAUCUGGAAUUUGCCCAAAAUCCUACGGUUUCUAUGCAGCAAAACUGGCUGGAAUUGACCAUCAAGUCGUUCGAAAUGCCUAUUUGGAAAGCAAUAAAUUCGCAUCAAAUCUCAUCAUUGAUCCCAAAAUCCGACAUCUUGUUGAAUGUGCUCGUGACGAUAAUUUUGAUGUUGGAGAGUUGAAGCGAAUGAUUGAAGCCAUCUAAUUAUUCUUAAAUUUUCAAAUAUAUUUGUACGCAUAUUUUUUUUACGCUGCCCGUGUCAAGAUUCGCCCAUUUUAUCAAGAUCCGGUCAUAAAAGUCUGUAAA